GAUUACUACCCCUGAAUGCUUACAACGGUUGAUUUCAUCUGACUUGUUAGGAGAAAACGAACAAGCGCACACAACUGAAACUGCGGGAAGGGACCAAAAAGGAAGAGUCAUCAGACAUGUCAUCACAGUCAGCACAGGACUCCGCCGCUGACGGCGGCGCUGCGGUGACUCCGCCGUUGGACGACGACGGCUACGAGGUGGUCAAGGGUGCAGGUGAAGACUCGGGGGACCAUUAUUUUGGUUCGCAGCCCAUGAUGUCUGAUGAAGCUGAUCAGUCGUCCACCGGAGAAAAUGGACCGAUUCUCCCUCCGCCGGAACGUAUGGUGGCGGAAGAGGGGUUUGCCCUCAGAGAGUGGCGCCGAUUGAAUGCAAUACGGCUUGAGGAGAAGGAGAAAAGGGAGAAAGAAAUUGUAAGGGAAAUAAUUGAAGAAGCAGAGGAAUACAAAGCAGAGUACUAUAGGAAAUGGAAACUUAGAUGUGAAAACAACAUAGCUGCUAACCGGGAGAAGGAGAAGUUAUUCCUGGCAAACCAAGAGAAGUUCCAUGCUGAAGCUAAUAAGACUUAUUGGAGGGCAAUUGGAGAGCUUAUCCCAAAGGAGAUCCCGACGAUAGAAAAGAAGGGAAAGAAGGAUAAGGAGAAGACGCCAUCCAUCGUUGUCAUCCAAGGACCCAAGCCUGGGAAGCCAACUGAGCUCUCUAGAAUGCGUCAAAUACUGGUGAAACUCAAACACAACCCACCUGCACAUAUGACGCCUUCACCAAAACCAUCUUUAGAACCCGGAAAAGAUGCAAAGACAGGAGCGAAAACUCCUGCUGCCUCUGCCUCUACCUCUGCAAGGCCUCAAGCUACUGCUGCACCUUGAAGUGGACGAUACAAUUGCUGCUGUCUUUAUCUUGUAAAGUCGUCCCUACAUAAACUUAUAUAUUAUGAGUUUGAGAGUAACUCGUAUCAGGAAGUGUUUACCUUUGUUUCUAGUUGUAGGAGCUAAUAUGUGCAUAAAGGAGAGAGUCUGUAAUUUUAUACUUUGAUCUGUAAUUUGGAGUUGCACAGUAGUUCAUUCUGUUGGAUUUUCUUCUAGAUCUGUAGUCUAUUGAACGUGACCAACUACGGCACCUAGAAACCA